UCCGACCCUCAGUCCUGUCAGAAGGAGGCGCUACUGAUCCUGAAAGCUGUUUGUAAACCGCCAUAAAACAGAAGAAGAAGACGGACCGGAAGUGGGCGUGGCUUAACGACACGCUACAAAGUCGCCAGGGAGUGUUCCAGAGCAGAUCUAGAUCCAGACCAGCAGAGACCAGCGGAGACAGGACAGGAGCAGGACAGAGCGGCAUGAAGGAGGAGGAGCAGGAGCAGGAGGUCUCCAGUAGACCAGGACAGAGCGGGAUUAAGGAGGAGGAGCAGGAGCAGGAGCAGGAGGUCUCCAGUAGACCAGGACAGAGCGGCAUGAAGGAGGAGGAGCAGGAGCAGGAGGUCUCCAGUAGACCAGGACAGAGCGGGAUUAAGGAGGAGGAGCAGGAGCAGGAGGUCUCCAGUAGACCAGGACAGAGCGGGAUUAAGGAGGAGGAGCAGGAGCAGGAGGUCUCCAGUAGACCAGGACAGAGCGGGAUUAAGGAGGAGGAGCAGGAGCAGGAGGUCUCCAGUGGAUCACAUGUUCAGAAAUGUCCUGGAAAUCUAAAGCUUCAUCUAACAGUUCCCACAGGAGAGAAACCGUACAGCUGUGACCAAUGCGGGAAAACCUUUAUCACCAAAGACAAUCUAGGACGCCACCAACGGAUUCAUACUUUAGAGAAACUGUACAGCUGUGACCAAUGUGAGAAAACCUUUGCUCGGAGUGACAGCCUUACACUCCACCAACGGGUUCAUUCUGGAGAGAAACCGUACAGCUGUGACCAAUGUGCGAAAACCUUCAUCUCCAAAGGUGUCCUAAUAGUCCAUAGUCGCUUUCACACUGGAGAGAAACCUUAUUGGUGUGAACAAUGUGGGAAAGACUUUUCUAACUGUACUAACUUUAAAGCCCACCAAUGGGUUCAUGCUGCAGAGAAGCCAUUCAGCUGUGACCAGUGUGAGAAAACCUUUUCUAAGAGAAGUACCUUCAUAGUCCACAAACGAGUUCAUACUGGAGAGAAGCCAUACCGGUGUGACCAAUGUGAGAAAACCUUUGCUCGGAGUAGUUCUCUUCAUAUCCACCAGCGAGUUCACACUGGAGAGAAACUGUAUGGAUGUGACCAAUGUGGGCAAACCUUUGCUCGGAGUAGUCACUUAAAAGUCCACCAACGAGCUCAUUAUGGAGAGAAACCAUACCGGUGUGACCAUUGUGAGAAAACCUUUGCUCGGAGUAGUUCUCUUCAUAUCCACCAGCGAGUUCACACUGGAGAGAAGCCGUAUGGAUGUGACCUAUGUGGGCAAACCUUUGCUUGGAGUAGUCACUUAAAAGACCACCAACGAGCGCAUUAUGGAGAGAAACCAUACCGGUGUGACCAAUGUGGUAAAACCUUUUUUCGGAGCAGUGCACUCAUAGUCCACCAGCGGAUCCAUACUGGAGAGAAACGGUAUGGAUGUGAGGAAUGUGGAAAGAGCUUUUCUCAGAGUAGUUCCCUUAUAAUCCACCAGCGGAUCCAUACUGGAGAGAGACCGUUCCCGUGUGACCAAUGUGGGAAAGCCUUUGCUCGGCCUGGAAGUCUAAACAUUCAUCUCCGCAUCCAUACUGGAGAGAGACCAUACAGCUGUGACCAAUGUGGGAAUACUUUCAAUCAGAUAUCGAACCUGAGAAAACAUCAACGCAUCCAUACUGGAGAGAGACCUUACAGCUGUGACCAAUGUGGGAAUGGUUUCAAUAGGCUGGAUACCCUGAGAAUACAUCAACGCAUCCACACUGGAGAUAAACCUUACAGCUGUGACCAUUGUGGGAGUACUUUCAAUAAAAAACACAACCUGAGAGAUCAUCAACGCAUCCAUACUGGAGAGAAACCAUACAGCUGUGAGCAAUGUGGGAAUACUUUCAGUCUACUACAGAGCCUAAGAAGUCAUCAACGCAUCCACACUGGAGAGAAACCCUACGGCUGUGACCAAUGUGGGAAUGCUUUCAGUCGACUACAGAACCUGAGAAUGCAUCAACGCAUCCAUACUGGAGAGAAACCUUACAGCUGUGACCAAUGUGGGAAAACCUUUUCUCACAGUGGUAGCCUUGAAGACCACCGACGCAUCCACACUGGAGAGAAGCCGUACUGGUGUGACCAAUGCGGGAAAACCUUUUCUCAGAGUUCUAACCUUAAAACUCAUCAACGGGUUCACACUGGAGAGAAACCCUAGUGGUGAGACGAAGGCAGGGAAACUUUUUCUCUGAGUGGUAGUUUUUUAGAAAAAAUAAAAGUUGUUAGAGCAUUAUUAGUAGCCUUUUUUCUUUUUAAUAUCCACAUCAUAAGAUUGUUUUAAGCCUUCAAUAAAAACAGUUUGCUCAUUGUGCUGUCGGAUUAAAGUUCCUGCUGUUGGUCUGUUCUCUUAAAGCCUCCUGCGACUCCCUCACUGUCACAGGUAGGAAACUCUUUGGGAUAGGCUCAAUGUUUUAUGUGAAUCUUUUGAUGCUGAACUGAACAUUUUUACCGUUGAAUUAAACGGAAAAUGUCCAGCUGGAAACCACAUCAUCCCUCAAAUUGUUCUUUGUCCUGAAUUAAUGAACCAAGAGAGGAGAUGAAACAGCAGCUCAUGCAUGUUUAUAAGCAUUAUUUGCAUGUUUUUAUACCAAUAUCUACA